UUGGAUCAUUCCGUCUCGAGGCCUGAGCGAGAGAAGGGAGUGUUUCCCGUCAGACACUGAAGUUUUACUAGUCCUAAUAAUUUCUGUCAGAACUUGAGUAAUAAUAUUUCAGACAGACUGAUUCUACCGCCGGAGUCAACACUAUUUUGGAUCAAGGAAUAGGUCCAGUUUUCUAAUUCCGGUUGUUUAUUUUCCUUCUCGUCAGACGACAGCGGGCUAGCUUCAUUAGCUAAGUUAGCUCGCUAGCCGGAGUACGGGGAGUUCAUAAUGCCCACGCUGCGGGACAGCACCAUGUCCCACCCCGGAGAAAACCCGCACCAGGUCCGGGUAAAAGCUUACUACAGAGGGGACAUCAUGAUCACACAUUUCGAUCCCUCCAUCUCCUAUGAGGGGCUGUGCAGUGAGGUGCGGGACAUGUGCGCCAUGGACAAUGACCAGCUCUUCACCAUGAAAUGGAUUGAUGAAGAAGGGGAUCCGUGCACCGUUUCUUCUCAACUGGAGCUGGAGGAGGCCUUACGUCUCUAUGAACUCAACAAAGACUCGGAGCUCAUUAUUCACGUGUUUCCUUGUAUUCCUGAGAAGCCUGGCAUGCCCUGUCCUGGAGAAGACAAGUCCAUAUACCGUCGCGGAGCUAGGCGCUGGAGGAAACUCUACUAUGCCAAUGGACAUGCAUUUCAGGCCAAACGUUUUAACAGGCGUGCUCAUUGUGCCAUCUGCACAGAUCGUAUCUGGGGCCUGGGCAGGCAGGGAUACAAGUGCAUAAACUGUAAACUGCUGGUCCAUAAGAAAUGUCAUAAACUGGUCACAAUGGAGUGUGGUAGACAGGUAAUACAGGACCCGAUGAUUGGAAGAAUCGAUCCAGGGUCCACUCCAUCAGAGCACGCUGACCAAGACAAAAAGAACUCAACAGAAAGUAUCAAUCAUGAGGGAGAGGAGCAUGAGGCUGUGGGCAGUCGGUACUCCGGGAAGGCUGUGUCCAGUUUGGGGCUAAAGGACUUUGACCUGCUCCGAGUGAUUGGCAGAGGCAGCUACGCCAAGGUGCUGCUGGUGCGUCUCAAAAAGACAGAGCGCAUCUACGCCAUGAAGGUGGUGAAGAAGGAGCUGGUGAACGAUGACGAGGAUAUUGACUGGGUUCAAACAGAAAAGCAUGUGUUUGAGCAGGCUUCCAACCAUCCCUUCCUGGUGGGACUUCAUUCCUGCUUCCAGACAGAGAGCAGGCUAUUCUUUGUAAUUGAAUAUGUGAAUGGAGGGGAUCUAAUGUUCCACAUGCAGCGACAGAGAAAACUUCCAGAGGAGCAUGCCAGGUUUUACUCAGCAGAGAUCAGUCUUGCCUUGAACUACCUCCAUGAGCGUGGCAUUAUUUACAGGGACCUGAAGCUGGACAAUGUUCUGCUGGAAUCAGAGGGACACAUCAAACUCACCGAUUAUGGCAUGUGUAAGGAGGGACUGAGACCAGGAGACACAACCAGCACUUUCUGUGGAACCCCAAAUUACAUCGCACCUGAGAUUCUGAGAGGAGAAGACUACGGUUUUAGUGUGGACUGGUGGGCACUGGGCGUCCUGAUGUUUGAGAUGAUGGCUGGGAGGUCACCUUUUGACAUAGUAGGCAGCUCUGAUAACCCAGACCAAAACACAGAAGAUUAUCUUUUCCAAGUAAUUUUGGAGAAGCAGAUAAGAAUUCCCAGAUCGUUAUCGGUUAAAGCCGCUAGCGUGCUAAAGGGUUUCCUCAACAAGGUAAAGCAGGCCAGACAGAUCAAUAUUAAUAUCCUUUUGUCACAUGGAGCUGUUAUAGAGCUGUCAUAA